AUGCACCCGGACACCUCCGUAGCUGCGGUGGUCUGUGCGGCUGCUGUGCUGCUCAUCAGCAAUGGCUACCUCUCCAUGGCCAUGGUGGAGGACAAGAUCACAGCACUGCCGGGGCAGCCACCGGUGAGCUUCGCGCAAUACUCCGGAUACGUGGAGGUGGACGCCGCGAGGAAGAGGUCGCUCUUCUACUACUUCGCUGAGGCAGAGCUAGAUCCGGCCACCAAGCCCCUCGUCCUCUGGCUAAAUGGAGGACCCGGAUGUUCAUCUGUGGGGGUGGGAGCAUUCUCAGAGAAUGGGCCAUUCAGGCCCAGUGACAAUGCCCUUGUGAGCAAUGAGUAUAGCUGGAACAAAGAGGCCAACAUGCUCUAUCUGGAGAGCCCUGCAGGGGUGGGCUUCUCCUACUCCACUGAUCCUUCAUUCUAUGGGGGUGUUGGUGACAGCAUGACAGCCAGGGACAAUUUAAGGUUCUUGGAAGGCUGGUUUGCCAAGUUCCCACAGUACAAGGGCAGGGACUUGUACAUCGCAGGAGAGAGCUAUGCUGGCCACUAUGUUCCGCAACUAGCGCAGCGCAUGGUUGAAUUCGACGACAAGGAGAAGCUGUUCAAUCUGAAAGGCAUUGCUUUGGGCAAUCCUGUCCUCGAAUUCUCAACUGACUUCAACUCAAGAGCCGAGUUCUUCUGGUCACACGGGCUGAUAUCGGACUCAACUUACAACAUCUUCACGACGGUUUGCAACUAUUCGCGGUAUGUGAGCGAGUAUUACCAAGGCUCCAUCAGCACGGUGUGCGACAGGGUGAUGAGCCAAGUGACGAGAGAGACGAGCAGAUUCGUGGACAAGUACGAUGUCACCCUGGACGUCUGCAUUUCUUCGGUGUUGAUGCAGUCCCAAGUGCUCACCCCAAGCCCAAAUUCUACCGAGCAAUUGAACAGGGCGCUCGACGUGUGCGUCGAGGACGAGACGAUGAACUACCUCAACCGAAAAGAUGUGCAAAAGGCAAUGCACGCUCAGCUCAACGGCGUACCCAAGUGGACGGUCUGCAGCAGUGUUCUUGAGUACAAACAGCUGGACCUACAGAUCCCGACCAUUAACAUCGUCGGCGCGCUCGUCAAGUCUGGCAUCCCAGUGCUAGUUUACAGCGGUGAUCAGGACUCGGUGAUCCCCCUGACGGGCAGCAGGACGCUGGUGCACCGCCUGGCCAAGAGGCUCCGGCUGAACGCAACGGUGCCGUACCGGGUCUGGUUCCAAGGGAAGCAGGUUGGUGGAUGGACGCAGGUGUUCGGCGACGCGCUGUCCUUCGCGACCAUCCGGGGCGCGUCGCACGAGGCGCCCUUCUCGCAGCCGGAGAGGUCCCUCGUGCUCUUCAGGGCGUUCCUCGCCAGCCGGCCGCUGCCGGAAUCGUUCGAGUGA